AUGUCUCAAUCUCAAGUCACCGCUCACUCGACCGAAAUCGACAUCACCAACUUGCCUACCAAGUCAGUGACCUUUGCUCCGAACACGGCCACUGUUAGUCGGGAGAUUGAAGGCAUCCAAAUCAAGCCUGGCGCCAAUGAAGUCACCAUUGUAGGCCUCGAUCCCAAUAUUGACCCGGACUCUGUUCGGGUAGAGGGUUAUGGCCUAGCGACCAUCACCGACAUUCAAACAGAAACCAUCCCUCGGAAGCAGCAAUUCCAGGACCAAUAUCCCGAGCUUGAAGAAGAUGUUGAUGUUGAUUCCGAGGAUGACUCAAAUCUCUCCGACGAUGACUACGGCGUCGACAAGAGCGCUGUCGAUACUGCCAAGUCAGAGCUAAAAAAGGCAGAGCAGACUUUGGCUCGUUUUCAAAAUAGCCAGGACACCGCUGUCAAGGUCCUUGGCUUUCUGGACCACUACGGUCAAAGCAUGCAGCCUGAGGAGGUGGAUGUUGCCAAAAUGGCCGACUUUUUGGCUGUCUACCGAGACGAACGCACGUCAGAAAGCGCAAUUUACCAGGCAUCAACCACAGAUAUUGCGAUUUGGACCGAAAAGGUGGCAGCUGCUCGUAGAAAGUUCAAUCGUGCUGAGGCUGCUUUUAAAAAAGCAAGAGAAGCAGCUUCUCGUGAUAUCCGUCGAGUGAAGGAAAAGAAACAGCGCGAAAAACAGCAGAAACUAUUGGAGAAACAACGUAUCAUCCAACAACGUCGCAGAUUCUGGACAAAUAACGUGGGACAGGUCAUUGUUCAUCUUGAUCGUUCUUUGGAUUUCACACCUGGCCCAAGUAGGAGGCAGUCCAUGACAUCAGUCACUGAAGCAAGCGCUGAUUCCAAACCAUCGAAACCACUCGACGAGGAUUCCAUCAACCUUCGACUCACAUAUGUCGUGCCUAACGCUAGAUGGGCACCUCGCUACGAACUAAAAAUCAGCACACCGAAAUCUUCGGCUGAUUUGGUAUACCGCGCAGAGUUUGAGAAUGCCACCUCUGAGACAUGGAAAAACGCCAAAAUCACCUUUUCAACUUCGCAAACUUCUUUCUCUGGGUUAGAAGAGAAGAUUCCGAAUCUGGAACCCUGGCAUGUAAAACUUGGAAGCGCUGCGGGAUUGAUCGUGAAGAAUGGGAUUUCUGAGAGCAGUAUGCAAAGCAGAAGAGAGAUCAUAGCCAAUAAUCCUUCAUCGUUCAGUAUGAAUAGCAGACUUAAAAAAGCAGGUGGAGGUGGACUAUUUGGCUCUUCCGCGGCUGCUCCUUCAGGUGUCGGUGCCUCUGCUUCAGGUGCUUCUGGUUUUGGUUCAAACAAUAACCCUGUGGCAUCAUUUAGCGCUGCCACUCGGAGUACACAACGUUCUCUCUUCGGUGGUGUAGCACCGCAGCAACAGGUACAACAAGUGCAACCACCUCCACCACCACCUGCGCCGGCUGUGCCGGCUACUACUCAAGAAUUUGCAAGACGAUUUUCCAGAAUGGCAGAUCAAGCGGCAAAGCUCGAGUCGGAUGAUGAUUUUGUGGACGACGGUGAUGGCAUGACGCUUGUGGGAAAUCAUUCGAUUGCACACCAAGACUCUGUCCGCCAAGACUACGGUCUCACUACCACAUACGAUCUUCCAGGACAGCGUACUUUGGAGCCAUCUGCAGUUCAACGACGCCAUGUCAUUGCUGAGCUUCAUCUGGCAUCCGUUACACUUUCACAUGUGUUGAUUCCCAAACUCCGACGUGCAGCCUUCCUCAAGGCACGAAUCACCAACACGACAUCCGUUAGUUUGCUAAGUGGCAAAGCUGGCAUGACUGUUGAUGGUACGUUUUUGGGUUCGACAACCCUCUCAAGCUGCGAGCCACGCCAGUUCAUCGAUUUAUCCCUUGGUGUUGACCCAUCUGUACUGGUAUCAUACGCCAAACCGACCGCGAGACGAGCAACGACGGGAUUCUUUAGCAAGGAGGACUCCGCUAUUUUCACUCGCAGCUGUUGGGUAAAGAACACCAAGAAGAACGAUAUUUCGAUUACCGUGUUUGAUCAGGUUCCCGUCAGUGAAGACGAGAACCUACGUAUCAACAUCCUGGAGCCGAAGGGACUGGAGAAGGAGAACGACACGGCAAACCUGCACGAGCAGUUGAAGAAGGGAGAAAAUGGCAAAGGGAAUGUUGUGCUGGCAAAGAAUGGUCAGAUUAAAUGGAACAUCACUCUGAAACCAGGCAAGGACAUUAAGUUGGUUCUGGAGUACGAGAGCCGCAUUCCCAGUGGCCAGCAGAUUAUUGGACUGGACUAG